CCACAUUUCGCUCCAACUACUACCAGGAUCCCGCCUUGAUUUGGAAUCAAAGUGGCUUCUGGACUGACGAGGGACACGGUCAGCACAAUUGAGUAAUCCCACCUCCCUCAAUUGAGUUGCUACGCUGCGAGGAAAUGCAGGCGUUGCAGGCGUGGGAUCCUAUAAAAAGGAUCAAAAUGCGACUGAGCGACCGACAGAAAAAGAAACCAGAGCAAAGCGAAACCUCGCCAACGACAAUGCAGACGCCACCUCCAUCAGGCAUUAUUGUCCCUCUGUAUAUUUAUCCACUGUCGCCAACAACCUGGGAUCCACUCUAUGACUCUAUAUCCGCUAAUCCCGACUUGCAUUUUCUGGUCAUUGUCAAUCCCAACAGUGGACCGGGAGCCUCUCCAUUGCCCGAUGCCAACUACGUGCGCGAAAUCGCUCGAUUGAAUCGUUAUGCGAACGUGGUCACCGUAGGUUACAUCGCCAUUAACUACUGCAAGAAGCCCCUCCCGGAAGCCUUGGAAGAGGUCCAGACAUAUGCCACCUGGGCUGAUGAUUACGAGAGAACUGGUCUGGGCGUGGGAGGCAUCUUUCUCGACGAGACUCCGAACCUCUCCUCGUCCGAAGCUGUCGAGUACCUGGCCAGCUUACAACAUCACAUCAAAAGCACGCCGGGGCUUUUAGGGAACCGAUUGGUCAUCCAAAACCCAGGAACACCACCAGAUGCGCCCCUGGCUAAUAUAGGACCCGAUCUGAUCCUGACUUGCGAGGAACCUUAUUCUCGCUAUCGGUCGAAUGAAGUCCAGUGUCGCCUCCGCCAACUCCAUUACGAUCGGGCCCGAUGUGGAUAUAUGAUACACUCGGUACCGCUGGAACACUUGCGCUCCCUGGUGUACGAACUACGUCAUAGGGCGGCGUACCUUUUCAUUACUGAGUUUUUCGGUGAGUUCUACGAGCGCUUUGGGCCGAGUAGCUGGACUGCUAUGGUGGAGGCUUCACAAUAGGAGGCUUGAGCAAUGUGGCCUGCGGUUGUGUGGAGCAGCGGCAGCGGCUGUGGCUGUGUGGCUGAAGAGGAAGUUCCGCCGGGUCAGAAUUUUUUCUUUCGACAAACCCUUACCCUAUCUUUGUUUCUCAAUAUAGCAACAACACCCCGCCAGUGUUUCAUGUAUUGUGUUCCCUUGGAAAAGGUUUCCCCGGAACAACCCAGUUAGUUUUCCUAAUGGAUGGUUUAUCCAUUGUUUUUCCGGCUUACCCUACGUACAUAUUUUCUUCUUGAUCAAUGUGGAUAGGAUAGAGCGGAUCACUUCGGGUUCCUAAGCGAACAUCACCGAGAACGGACCAUGAGACUAUUUCUCAAAACUACGGAGUAGGUAGACAAAAUAAUUACACUAUUUUCCUAAUAAUAUCCUCUCAAUCUCCACUACAUAUUACAAAAGUCCUAAGUAUAGGCAACUACAUAGGUAGUCUCUCC